AGCAAACUUCGCGCUCUGCCGAAAUUGACCAAAACAUCCGUUGGGCGGGAAAACCCAACCAGCUGAUCGAUACCUCAAAAAAUGUCUAAACUUAAUCCUCUUGGCGGCCUUAAACGAUCUAAUGAAAACGAUGAAAGGUUAAGCGCUACUUCCAAAAAGGCUGAAGUCGUGAAGGAAUUUACUGGAGCGAAAACAUGGGUCAUGCUAAAUUAUGAGAAGAGCAAAAAGAGCUUUGCACAAUUAAACGAUAUUAUUGACCACUAUACAGAAGAAAACAAGGAAAACAUAGCGCCUGCAAGAAAGUUAGUAGUAAAAAGAGCCGUUGACGAAGUCUUCGGCGUAAAGUGUGUGAAAAGGAUGAUUAAUUAUGUUCGGGAGCAAGGGUACCCUGGCCUUAGAAAAAAACAGCUUUUAGACGAAGGGCAAGCAGCCGAGUUUGUAAAUGAGUGGGAACAUCUAAAUUCAAAUGCAGAGGAGAUCAUGUCGCCCCCUGGAGUGUACUGAGAAACGACCUGAAUAGUAGUUUCAACCAACUACUAUUCCUUACAUGAUAUUCCCAAUUCUGCUAUUCUCUUAUUGUGUAAAUACUGCUAUUCCUUAGGGGAAGUUUAAUGGUUUUUCCGACUCUGCUAUCUCUUCCGGUUAAAAACCCCUCUGACAACACCCGAUUUGCUAUCUCUUAGGGGCAAAAAUUGCUGUUGACCACACCCAUAGUGCCCAUCAUCCCCAUCAGUUUUUAAAAUGUCAUGUUUUUUCAUGCGACUGAAAUGCCGAGAGUCGAUAGAGACAUCUGAAAUAUCGAAAAUAUGAUUUCUGGAUUUCCAAAUUAGUUUUAUACUUUUUUCUCGCUAUAAAACAUUGCAUAGCACGGCAUUAUUAUGACAAUUGGUUUCGUAUUUCUUGGGAGAGGACUUCCGGUAUUCCGCGGUUUUCGUGACAAUCUUUACAAUAGGAGUAUUUUGAUAGACGAUAAACGAACGUAAACUGAAAUACAAUGUAUAAUCAAGUAAUUACUAAAUAGCUAAAGGAAUCACAAUGCAAUAGCACCAGGUGCAUUGCAUUCUUAUCAUAGUUUCUAUAUUCUAAUAAAGACCUAAAAGACGAAAUCGUGCACACUGCCAAGAUAACUCUAGCUAGCUUUGAUGUUCAUACAACAAAAAUCACUAGAUCAGUUUCAUUUAUAGAAAUUAAACAUCCAUUAUCUGACAGGUAUUUAACCUGCUGCUGCUGUCCUGCUGUUUAAGUUAUACCUAUCAAACAAGCUGCUCAAGCAUCAAGGGUGCACACAGCUGUGAUCAGGAAGGUUAAAUACCCGUCGGAUAAUGUCCCAGUUAAAUAUAUGGUAUAGAAAAGCAUUCAACCACCUCCCGUGAAAUUUCAUAAUAAUUAUGAUUUAUGUAUUUUUAAUAGAGAAUCAUUCUAUUUUUUUAUAUUUCUUUGACACAUAUAUCAUAUUCCGGGCAAUGAGAGAAUAGACUAAAGGUUGUUUUUCACUUGGGGUAAGCGCAAGCGCAGAGCAAGUAAUUUCCUGAUUCUCACUGGAAUGCAAGCGCAAGAGGAAGCGCAUCUGCUUGAUUUUCUUGCGCUUUACCGAUUCUCACUUGUGUUGCGCUUUGAGUACUAUUUCAUAUUAGAACCGCACAUCGUGUUAGGUCACAGGUGUGAAGUUUUCCAACACAAGAUGACUUCUACUUUAAUUCAGUACUCUUAAAAACCUUUUCGUGAUGUGAAAACUAGAUUAUUAAAUGUUGGUAAUUUCUCGAACUUAAAGCAUGCUGAAGUAGGUUCGCAAUGAAGAAGUUGCCAACUUCGGCGCGAACUUUUUUUAGGAAAAGUUAUGAUAAUAACUGUAAUGGUCUGCCAUAUAGAGAUU